ACUUGACAUUUAUCGAUUUUGAAUUUUCGUAAUAAAGUUUGUAAAUAAGGUUUUCUUCUUGUUAUAUUGAUUAUUUAUUAAUUAAAGAGUAUUUCUCCAAAAUGGAAGACGUUUUAAAAGAGCCGAUACAACUAUCUAAAGGAAUAAAUUUAAAAGAACUUUUUACGUCACAAACUGAGUUCCACAUAGACAUAGACUUUAAAAAGAAGAGACCUGAUUCUUAUUUAAAUAUGAACAAUGAUCUAUUAUUGGAUACUGAUGAAGAAGAUGAGAGUGACACAGAUGAUAUUUUAAAGAACAUAGAAAGUUCAACGGAGCAAAUGAUGUUGUCUUCUCCGGAAUAUCAUUCCUUCAAAGAUUUAGCUGCCAAAAUGAUUGAUUGUGUUCCCACUGGUGAUGUUAAAAUGCUUAUCAUAGAAGAAGGCGAUGGUCCUCUAAUACCAGGAGAUGCUGAAGUUACUUUACAUUAUGCUGCAUAUUGGGAGAAAGCAAAAAUACCGUUUGAUUCAACACUUACAAUGAAUUUCGGCAUGCCAUUGAAAAUUCGUCUAGGAACAGGCAGUGUCCUAUUAGGUCUAGAAAUAGGUCUUACAGCGGUUAAAGGACCUAAGGCUAGGUUCCAUUUGUUACUGCAGCCUAAAGUAGCGUGGGGGGAGAAAGGAGCCCCUCCCCGAGUUAGACCUGAACCUGCCUUGUUUGUGAUUGUAUUGUAUGAUGUUAGAGACACACAGGCUGGAAAUAGGUUCAAUGACCUACCAAUGGAAGAACAGAAGAAAUUCGAAGUAACAAUGAGAACAGUAAAAUCCUUACACGCACAAGCUAAAGAUUUCUUUAAUAAGAGAAAAUAUAAAAAAGCCAUACAAAACUAUCAACAAUCGCUUUCAGUGUUACGAAUAUCGCAACCAAAGGAUGAGACCGAAGAAAAUGAAGUAAAAAAACUAAAAAUUGUUGUUUUUGUCAAUCUAGCUGUCUGUUAUUAUAAAAUAGAGAAACCUAAAUAUGUAAUAAAUAUGUGUGAAAAUUUAGACGAAAUUAUUGAUAUAAACACUCAUUGUAAAGCAUUAUUUUAUUAUGGUAGAGCUCACGAAAUGUUAGGAAAAAGGGAAGAGGCACUCAAAUAUUAUAAUAAAGCAUUAAAAUUAGAACCAAAGAAUAAAGAUAUCGGCAAAGCUUUGGUCGAUUUUGAACGUUACGUUCAAGAGUCAUCUAAAAAGGAAAAGGAAAUGUGGCAGAAUGCCUUCAAGGCGACGCCACAGAAAAAAACAAAUGUAGUCUAUGACGUUGAUGACGAGUUCCAAAAUGGCGUCCGAGAGAUGUGUCAAAGUUUGGUUGAGACCGAAGGAUGCGCUCAAUUUGAAUUGCCUACUGGUUUAACAAGGAACGAAUUAGAUUUUUUGAAAACGUUGGUUACUGAAUUUGACGGACUUAUUGUUGAUGAAGAGGGUGAAGGUAAAAGAAAACGAGUGACUGUGGUAAAACAACCUUAGGACGAAAUAAAAUUGGACAUUUUAUAAGUUUAUUCCAGGAUGUUGAGGUUAAUACUUGUUGCUGCAUUCGUCCAAUGCACAAUAUCCCAGCAAUAUCAACAGAAAGUAGCACCAGGAGUGCCGC